AUGGCAGAGGCGCAGCACGAGCAGUUGCGCCAGGAUCGGCGGCAGCUCCUCAAGCUCGGCUGCGCUGAUGUGGACGUAGAAGCGGGCGAGGUGGUGGUGUACCUGAAGCGCUUGCUGUCCAAGGCUGGUCAGGGGUCGCUCAAGCUGGCACACCUGUUCACCGACGGCGGCGUCCCGCUGUGCCAGGCUGACCUGCGCCUGGCGCUGAGCGAGGACGAGGCGCGGCGUGUGGAGCAGCACGCAGCCCACGCCCUGCAGCAGCACUGCGCCGGGCGGCCGGGCGCCGCAGGCCCGCAGGAUCCCCGGCACGAGCCGCUGCUGCAGCUCUGCCAGGCGCUGCACGCGCACCUUGCGCAGCUGCAACAGCUGCAGCAGGCCGAGGGCGUCCAGGACGGCACCAUCCGCGCGGCCGAGGAGGGCGCGGCACGGCGCCUGCUUGAGGUCUCGUCCGCGCUGCGCGCACUGCUGGCCGCCCACCUGCCGCCGCAUGCGGCGACGCCGCUGCUGGUUGUUGCGUGCCUGUCCAGCGGCAAGCUCGUGCAGGCGCUGCUGCAUUUGUUGGCGCACCAAGGGAUGGCGGACCUGGGGAGGCAGGCGGAACUCAUGAGUCAGGUGCUGGGCCUGGUGUCAAUCCUCGCGGCCACCCCCGACCUGCGGCAGCUGCUGCUGCAGCCCUCCAGGAUCAGCAACGAGCACCUGUCCCUUGCGCAGGUGCUGCUGCUGGGCGCGCACCAAGCCCGUGCGCUGCUCGCCGCGCCCGAGGCGCCCGGGGAUGGCGGCGCGGCGGCGCGGCGCAUGGCGGCGCUCGUGGUGCGGGUGCACCAGCAAGUCCAGGGCGCUCUGGCGGCCCAGGCUGAGGCCGGGCGGCAGGCGUGCGGCGCGUGUGGCGCGGAGGGCGACGCCGAUAUGGAUGAGGCCCCUGGCUCCCCCGCCGUGCAGCAGCCACCCCUCGGGCAGCACCACGCGCACAGCCGCCAGCAGCAGCAGCAGAGCAGCCUCGACGCCCCGGGCGGCGUGCUGCAGUCGCCGGUGUGCGCCGCGCUGCGCUCCGCCAUGAAGCGGCCGGCCAGCACAGAGCUCGACGAGCUGGGGCGCUCCCUGGGGGUCGCGGCGCGCAUGUCUCCGUCCAAUGGGGGCCGCGCCACGCCCGAUUGGCAGCAGGGCUCGCCGCUCGCCGCGGUCGCCGCGGCGCGGCAGCAGCACGCGCUCGCCGCAUGCGAGCACGCGGCGGCGACCGCGGCGGCGGCGGCGCAGCAGCAGACGCCGCCGCCGCAGCAGCCGCGGCCGGGGCACCCGCUGACUAAUGUGGUCCUGGAGUCGGCGCGCCGCCUUUCUCAGACGCUGCACGUCUCGCCGCCCGUCUCAAUCCGCGCGGCCAGCAGCGGCGCCGCGUCGCCCACGGCCCCGCUCGCACUCAGCCGGCUGCACGGCGGCAUCGGCGCUGGUGUCGGCACGGGCGCGUGCGCCGGUGGCACGGCGACGCCGCCUGGGCGGCCUUGCACGCCCAGCGACCGGCCGUCGAGCCCGUCUGCUGCCCGGCUGUUGUGCGAGGAGGCGCCGCUUGAGUUUGUAGACAGCCCCAGCCGCCCCGGCACAGGCCUCCUCGGCCUCUUCUCCCUGCCUAUACCCACUGGCCCGCCCGGCCCCGGUGCCCCGCACCCGGCCGGGCGCCCCGCGGGGCCCGCGGGCCUGCGCCCGGUGGCGAUAAGCAGCCCCGGCGCGCCGCGCGGCAUGGAGGAGGAGGAGACGCCGAGCCCGAGUAGCGGCGCCGCCGCGCCUUGGGGCACGCCUACAACGGGGCAGCAGCAGAGCAGCCCAGAUGGGUCGACCUGGGGCUCCCCCGGAAGCUGGGGCCCGGGCGAGGAUGGCCCGCACGGCGGCCGGCACGGAUCCGUCGGGGCGGCGGCCCCUGCGCUCGCGGCCGGCAGCGGCAGCGGCGGCGCGCCCGAGGGCGAGGACGCCGCGGCGCACCCGCUGCCGAGCUGCGUGCUCCCCCUGCCCAUAUCGAGCCUCAGCAGCCGACUGGCGGCCAUGCAGGCGGGAGGCCUCGUUAUCGGGCCGUCGCCCAACCGCGGCGCCGGCGCGCUGCCCUCCAAUGGCAGCCCCCUGCGCCGCAGCAGCGCCGCCGGCCUGCCGGCUUGGCCGGGUGUGGGCGCUGGUGUUGGCGUCGGCGAGCAGCAGCAGCAGCAAACGGGCGCGGAUGGCACGCAGCAGGAGGAGGCCGAUUGCGGCAUGGAGAGCGAGGACCCGUCCGCGCAGCAGCACGCACAGCACGCGCAGCACGCGCAGCAGCAGCCCAUGGUGCAGGUGUCGGUCUACGGCCAGGACGGCGCGGUGGCGCUGCUGGACCCCGGAUUCCUCCGCCCAGACUCACCCAUGAGCAUGGAGGUGCCCGCCGCAGCCGCGGCCGCGGCCGCCGCCUGGGCCGCCGCGGCGCCGCCGGCGCGCGCUGCGGCCGAAGCCGCGGCGGGGCCGUCCGGUGUGCCGGCGGUCGCGGAAGCUGGAGGGCGGAGCGGCGUCGAGGCUGCGGCGGCGAGUGUGGAGCCCACGGCCCUGCUGACAGGGGGUGACCUUGGCUUGGCACGCAUUCGCAUGCAG